CUCAGUUCCAGAUACUGACAUGAGCUUCUUCCUGCUCCUGUUAAGCUGAAACUAAAUGGUCAGAGCAGAAGGUAAACAAACAAGGACCGUGUGAUAAGCACACAGAGGUGUGUGAAAUCUGACUGUAAAGACCGAAGCAAUGCUGCCAUCUACAGGCCACAGUGAGCUGAGGUCUGAUCUGACCCAGGAUCAGUCCAGGUGUGGAGUGUGUGAGCAGGUCCUGAGGGACCCAGUCAUCACCACCUGUGGACACAGUGUCUGCAGGCAGUGCAUCGGCAGCUACUGGGAGCAGUCUCCAGACCAGCCUCGUCCUCUGUGUGAGAAGAGACCUCAGACCACCAGCAGCAGCAGCAUCAGCAUCCAACCAUCCACCCACACACACUCUCCUACUCAACACUCACUCACACAUCCUCCUCAGCACUCACACACAGCCAUGGAACCUCUUCCUCUCCACGAGGAUAAGACGACCGCAUCAAAACGCCCAUGGACACAGUCACCACUGCUGUACCCACAAACAUCCCCAGCACCGUAUUAUCAGAGUCCAGGAGUACAUACUGUAAGACAAAUACACAAAAACCUUGGUGGCUCAUUGAUGUAAGGGACAAGAUGCAUGCAGAACUCGCAGUUUGCCCAGGAAUACUUUAUUUUAGAUAGAUAGAUAAUAUAUGUGUUUAUCUAAUAUGACUAAAAUAUGAUAUGAGAUUUUUAAUAUGAACCUAAAAAUAUGUGUACCACACAUAGGCUUGUAUGUGAAUAAUGAUUGUGAAACUACCCAUUUUAGUUUGUUGUCUGUUGUUCUUGAUAUUGCCUGUAGGUGGCAGCAGUGUGUUAAACACCUCUCAAACCCGACAGA